AUGCAAUUAUCACGUGCAUUACUUUCUCGAGAUGAAUCAGAAGUUUAUGUUACAAUUGAAGAUGACAAAACUAUAGUUAAUUAUUUAAAAUCAAACGAUAAUCAACUACAACAAAAAUCAUCUAAUACAAAUGAAAAACAUAUUAAUGAAAUUGAAAUUAUUCGUAAUAAUCAAAUAUCAAAUCCUAAAACUGAAAAUAAGGUUCAUUUUAAACAAUUAGUUUCAAUAAAAAAAUUUUCAAAUAAUGAUAAAAUAAUUUCUAAUCAACAAAAAAUAAUACUUGGACAUUCAACAUCGAAUAAACUUUAUCAAAAUCAUGAUAAACGAUUAAAACAAAAUGAAAAAUCUCAUCAAAUUCAACAAACAAUUAUUCAAAAUAGACCAAUUUUAUUAUCAUCAUCAUUGUCUACUUCGACUUUCAACAAUCAUAGAAAUAUAAACUAG